GAAAUGGCUCCUGUUAGAAACGGACGCGUUCUAUUCGACGAGAUCCUACCGGUACGCUACCCAGAUCCAGCCAGGACGACAGUCUAUGAUCACUCCCAGACAAUCGACCUUGAGAAAGAACCCUUGGAGGGCGGUUUCCUCGUCAAGACUUUUGUACUCUCCGUCGACCGGCUUUCUGAGUAUGUUGACGUUGCUGUGCGCAGGUUGGACUCGUUCGGCGUCGGUGUCGUGUUACGCUCUGAGAACCCAUCUGUCAAGCUAGGCGACCACCUCCACAUUUUUUACCCUUUCCAAGAGUAUUUAGUUGCAAAGGACGCGAACGCCUUCUACGUGCUGAAGAAGAAGGAGAAGUUUCCGUGGUCCGUAUACGUUGGCGUCUUGGGGAUGCCAGGUCCUCAAACCGCGCAUCACGGAUGGAAGGAAUUUGCUCACGCGAAGAAGGGAGACGUUGUGUUCAUCAGUUCCGGAGGAGUGCCGCUUAUUUUUCACGAUACCGUGAUUCAGCUUGCGAAAGCUGAGGGGCUGAAAGUCAUUGCAUCCGCUGGAUUCGAGGACAAGAUCGACUUCAUUCGUUCGCUCGGCGCAGAUGUCGCUUUCAACUACAGGACGACGAAGGUGCUAGAUGUGCUCCACAAAGCCUACUGGGACAGUGUGGGUGGUGAGACGCUCGAGACGGCACUUGAAGCUGCUGCCAUUAGUGCUCGCUUCAUUGAAUGCGGUAUGAUCUCGGCUUAUAACGGCAGCGAGCCUUACUUCGUGAAGAACCUCGUCAACAUCAUCGCCAAGCAGCUGCGCAUCUCCGGAUUCAUCGUCACGUCCCUAGAGGAUAAAUGGCGCGCGGACUUUUACAAGGAGUUUCCUCCUAAAGUUGCCAGCGGCGAGAUCAAAUACAAGGAAGAUAUAAACAAGGGCCUCAAGUCGGCUGGUCAGGCGAUCCUGGAUGUGAUGACGGGGAAGAACAAGGGAAACAAGGUUGUCUUGGUGGCCGAGGAGUGAGUGCCUGUUGGUUGGCAAGUGACUCAGGUCGCAGUGUAACUGUGUAAUGGAUGGAUGGAUGGGUGGAAUGGAGUUAGCAAUAUAGUGCGUUACAAAGUGUAGCUUUUAGUACGAGUCAGUGAUCACCUUUGGAUCCGAAGGGUUCAGGAUGAGUGGCGCAUAUAUUGAGGUGGGCCAAGUACUCAGUACAUACUAUUACUUCAGUCUGUAAUAGAUCAUCGAUCAAUGGUG